CAUGCGUGGAGAACAACGUCUUCCCCGUGGUUUUAUGAGAGGCAAAAUCCCUCCAUGGGCAGAACGUGCUGUAGACGUUUACGGACUCGUCUGUUCAAGAGGAAGAGCUCGUGGCAGGUGGACCUGGCUUGAAGACAGUCUUCUCUCUUCAGCACAGUCGGUUGUGUUUCGGCUACCCUCUGGCUUGUCUAUCUUUACCCCCGCCUCCCUCCUUUCCGCACACCGCUUCAACAACACACAAACCACGGGGACGAGCCAACAGACGUUACGCUAGCCAAGAAGGGAAGUGGGCUUCGUCUUGUCCUUCAUCACGCAGAUGCUCCCAGCCGCCCAGCUUGACAGGAGUGAUGGGAUGUGUCAACUAGCAGGUGAGGCAGUCCUGGACGAUGUAAUUGGACUGAAGGAUUCGUCUGCAGUUUUCACAUCAGUGCGAGACAGAGGAGGGACAGGAAGAGAAGAGGAAGACGAGGAGGAGGGGGAGGACAACAAAGACACAAGGAUGGGCGUAGGGAAGAACACCACCUCCAAGUCAAUGGACGGCAGUAGUGAGGGAGGACGAUAUGAAGAGGAGAGCAAGCAUGGGGCAGAUUUCUACCCCAUUCCGGUUGUGGUCAAUGGAGUGGGCGGGGCCAGUGGAGACCAGGAUACUGAGAACACAGAGCUGAUGGCCAUCUACACUAAAGAGAAUCAAGGAGCAGAAAAGAGCUCAAUGUCUGAGACGUUAGACAGCACAGACAGUAUGGAUGCCAGGAGGAUGGAUAUGAUCUACACCAUUGAAGAUACUCCACCUUGGUACCUGUGUGUGUUCUUAGGUCUACAGCACUAUUUGACGUGUUUCAGUGGAACUAUCGCGGUGCCAUUUCUGCUCGCUGAGGCAAUGUGUGUUGGCUUCGAUCAGUGGGCCACCAGUCAGCUCAUCGGGACCAUCUUCUUCUGCGUGGGGAUCACCACCCUGCUACAGACCACACUAGGCUGCAGGUUGCCUUUGUUCCAGGCCAGUGCUUUUGCCUUCCUCGCCCCAGCCCGGGCCAUCCUGUCACUGGACAAAUGGAAGUGUAACAACACAGAGGUUCCAGUGUUUAACAGCACAGAGCUCUUCCACACAGAGCACAUCUGGCACCCCAGGAUACGAGAGAUCCAAGGUGCUAUCAUUGUAUCCUCCCUGAUCGAGGUGUUUAUAGGAGCACUGGGCCUGCCUGGACUCCUCCUCAAAUACAUCGGACCUCUAACCAUCACCCCGACCGUGGCCCUCAUCGGCCUGUCUGGUUUCCAGGCCGCAGGAGAAAGGGCAGGAAAACACUGGGGCAUUGCUAUGCUAACAAUCUUCUUGGUGCUGCUUUUCUCUCAGUAUGCCAGAAACGUUCACUUCCCUCUGCCAGUCUACAAAGCCAAGAAAGGGUGGACUUCCUAUAGGCUGCAGGUCUUCAAAAUGUUUCCUAUCAUCAUGGCCAUUCUGGUGUCAUGGCUGCUAUGCUUCAUUUUCACUGUUACGGAUGUUUUCCCACCGGAGACGGACAAGUACGGCUUCUACGCCCGCACAGAUGCACGCCAAGGAAUCCUUGCUGCCGCACCGUGGUUUAAAAUCCCAUACCCCUUCCAGUGGGGUCUUCCUACAGUCACAGCUGCGGGUGUGAUCGGCAUGAUGAGUGCCGUGGUGGCCAGUAUCAUUGAAUCUAUUGGAGAUUACUACGCCUGUGCACGUCUCUCCUGUGCUCCUCCACCACCAAUCCAUGCCAUCAACAGGGGGAUAUUUGUAGAAGGCAUUUCCUGCGUUCUGGACGGUCUUUUCGGGACAGGAAAUGGCUCCACCUCUUCCAGUCCAAAUAUAGGCGUUCUGGGAAUCACAAAGGUGGGCAGCAGACGUGUGAUUCAGUACGGAGCUGCCAUGAUGCUGCUGUUGGGGCUCAUUGGUAAAUUCAGCGCCCUGUUUGCGUCUCUUCCUGACCCCGUGCUGGGUGCUCUGUUCUGCACCCUGUUCGGUAUGAUCACAGCGGUGGGACUGUCCAACCUGCAGUUUGUUGACCUCAACUCUUCCAGGAACCUCUUUGUAUUGGGUUUCUCCAUCUUCUUUGGUCUGAUGCUGCCCAGCUACCUCAAACAGAACCCACUAGUUACUGGCAUUGUUGAGAUUGACCAAGUGUUAAAUGUGCUCCUCACCACUGCCAUGUUUGUUGGAGGCUCUGUUGCCUUCAUCUUGGACAACACUAUUCCUGGUACUCCUGAAGAGCGAGGCAUCAGGAAGCUUAAACGAGGCACUGGUCUCAGUGCAGCAGAACUGGAGGGGAUGAGGUCUUAUGAUCUGCCGUUUGGGAUGGACUUCAUCCGCAGAUAUCCCAUCUUCAAGUACAUCCCCAUCAGCCCUGCCUUCACGGGCUACCAGUGGGGGAGGCUACGAGAAACCUGCGGGAGCAGAACAGGACAUGGGGAUGGAGUGAAAGGUGGAGGAAUCGGAGGGGAGGGGGUCACAGCGGCGGGGGAGAGUCGGGUAUAGCCUCCAGGCUGCCAUUGAAAAAAAAAAUCUUUAAAGUGGCUAAAUCUGGGGAGCAAGGGAUGGUACACUAAGAAAAAAGGAUGGGAGAGUGGAGGACAGGAGCGGUGCAGGAUUCAAGAUUGUGUGGAAGAAAAUGUGAUGCACCAAAACCCCAACCCACCCCCACCCACCAGUGUGUGUUUUCUUUAGCUCGUGUCAGUCUUUUCCCACUUCCCACUAUGCUAUUUAAAGCAUGCUACAGCAAGUCACAGCAUGCUAUAGAAGAUGUCACCGUGCCGAGGCUAGUUGGUGUGUGUUCAUGUGUGUGCACAAAAAAAACAAAAAAAAAAAACAAAUCUGUGCAUUACUUUAUUUGCACUUUAAUCCAGAUAACAGAUUUUAAAACAAAUUCAUGUUUGAUGAUCACUGCCUGGGUCCUUUAUAAAAUCUAUUUUACUAAAGCACAGUAGAUUUUAUCAGGAUUAUGCGAAAAGUCUUCUAUGAAUAAUUUAUCUCUAGCUUCUUAUGCAGUCACAUUAGUCACACACACAGGCUCACACGCCAAAAGCCUCGCUAAAACUAGCUUGAGCGCUCCGAUGCACGUCAGGGUGAUGCAGAUUGAUGGAAGUGGUUCAUCAGGUGCCCUUACUCAUGCAAAGUGAUUGUGAAAUUUAUUUUUGCACUAUCUGCCUCUUGAGUUCAACAACCAGAAUGUCACUCCACAACUCAUGUGCCCCUGUUUCUUCAGUGAAAUUCCUCCGAGACCCGUUUACUAUCACGUCACACAAAAGCUCAUCUUAUGAUUCACGUCACAUUUCCUGUUUCUGUCAUUGAGUGCUGAAAUCACAACAUGUACAGUUUACAUCCAAGUAUUACGCAUCAGUUACAAGACUACUCUCUACCUUGAGCACAUGUCUCUUCAUAAGCCUUUGACUGAGACUUAACCUUUUUUAAACCAAACUAAAUUGAUUUUAGGUGUUAUUGAUUAGAAGGUGUUAUUAUUUGAUUACUACAAGUUAAUAAUUUUAUGUGAAAGGUCUUUUAUUGUACCAUCUUCCAUUACAUUUAGAGGCACGUACUUGAUAAAAUAGGCUUGUAGUAAUGCCUCUACUUCCCUGAUGACAGCAGUGCAUUUGAUACACUGAUGAAACCAAGUAACACAGACAUGUGGCCUUUUCAAAGAAAUCUUACUUACAAAAUGGACUUUAGCAAUGUAAUUUGCCAGUCAGAGAAUUACUCUGACUGGCAUAUUACCCAAACUCUUUCUCAUUCCCUUUCCCCCAUCAGUAACCUCAUCUGACUCUUCUUCUCUCAGUGUCUCUACCAAGAAUAGAAAGCAAACACAAGUUAAUGAGAGUUUCCCUAAGAUGUUUUCCAGAAGUAGUUCUGUAAAACUUUGCAUUCAUGGUAUCGUCCCUACUACUCUCAGAUUCUAUAAUGCAAGAAAAGGUGUUCGGAGUAGCAGAGCCAGGAUAAAAAUGCUUCCUUCUACAACUCAGUUUUAGGAUAAAAUAGUUGCAUAAUGUUGCUCCAAAUAUUCUUCCUUAUGUGAGAUCUCUGACCCUCUGUGUGGGUUGUCCCUCAGUUUUAAGCUGUCACUAGUCCGCUGCUUUAAAGAAGGAAUGUGUGUUAAUGUGGGAUUUACUGUAAAAAGGCUGCAACAUAAAUAAUACACCCCCGCUACUAUUCAAAAUCACCUGAUAUUUCCAUGUGUGCUCAGUCAGCCACAGCAUUAUUAUAGCGUCAGGUAAGGGUGGUGGUUUUGUUUGCAUAUAUAGAGUAUUUAAAUAUAUAUUGGGUGGGGAGGUUUUACUUUUUUUUUUUUUUUUUUUUAAGCAGGUGUAGUGUGUAUUUCUGCUGCAGCCUGUCAUGAUUAUAUGAUGUCAUUGAUAUUUUUUACUACUUUAACUGCUUUGUUGACUUUCCCUUACAUUCCUCCUUUUCCUCCAAUCCUCUGUCUGCUGUACGUCUCCCCCCAUCAUUCCCCCUCACUCAGCUGCAUGCUAUGUUUGGUGCUGUUUUUAUUCGGUUGUAGUUUGGCACAUCCAACUGAAAAAAACAGGAAGUCUUGGAGCAUCAGCAGGCUUAAAAUUGAUGCACAAAGUUUGACUCAACAAUGAGUCUUCACCUCACUGUGUGCCUCUGCUGAUUUAAAAACAAAACAUUUUGAAAUGAUGCCAUAACAUUUUGAUCUUUGCAUAUGUAAAAAUUAAGAGCAACAAAAUGUGAAUUAAGACAUAAAACAAAAUUAAUUUUAAUUAUUAUUAUUAGCCCUGAAGAGAUUUUUAUUGAACCAAAAUAAUGAAAAAUCUUCAUUUGUAUUUCUUCUGCUCUGUUACCAUAUACCAAAACUUUUCUACAAGUAUUGGCAAUUUAAAUCCCAAAUUUCCUUUUAAACUUUUGUUCAAGUUAUUUAUUUAUUUAUGAGAAGAGAGUUAAUGUUUAAUGAUUGCCUAAAGCAGGUUUAUGUGUCUGUUGCACAAUGAUGAAAGUCUAUUUAUUAGUUUACUGUAGAGAUGGCUGUGAUGAUGAUAACAGCUGCUCCUCCGCCUCUCAGCUUCAACUACAGUCGGUGUUCAGCAGCUUUUCCUAAAGAUCGUCUCAAACCUAAUCUGCCUCUAUUUCAUUCCAUUUAUAUCAUGUUUUUUAAAAACAAGACAGAACACUUUUUAAUGUUAAACUGGAUAGUUUCGUAAGAGUCAGGGCCUUUUUACUAAAGUACUGUUUGCACGUGUUAACAGUGCCAAGAACAUCGGGUUAGGAGAGAGUAACACUCACCAGCCUGAGACCCUAUAAUAUCACUAGAUUGCUGAUUUGAGUAUAAGGUCAAAUGUGAACAUUUUUCUGUUUGACCUGAAAACAAGUGACUAAAUGUCUUUGUGAUUAAAUAAUUAUGGGCCUUAGUGUGAUAUCAUGGCUAGCUCUAGCCCCAUGUAUGACCUCAUUAUCACUCAGUGUUACUCGACAGAUUUUAUCAAAAGUGGCAAAAGGAGAUCAUUAUUAUAUAUUUGUUUUAUAGGUGUGGCUUAAUGGCUCAGUAGGGAUAUACAUCAUGAAGGACCUAUAAAAGGCAUCUUUGACCCAUCAUUAAGUCAGCAGUGUGACAAUUUGAUUUGUAGGUACAAAACAGGGUAUUUUGGAUAUUAAUUUCAUUCGCUCAUAGUGUUUUUCAAAUAAGAUAUUGCGCUUAAAUCAAAGUAUUGGGAUUUAUCUUUUUUUUUAAUGUUGGGAUUUGGCAGAUGUCUACUGUAGACAGAGACUUUGAUGCUCUGUUGUGCUUUUCUUGUCUAGCCUGCUGUAAUGUACUGACAAGAAAUAAGAAAGUACUCAUUCUAUGGAUCACAUGCUGUAACCAAAAAUGGAUCGCAUGCUGUGGUCCAUGUACUUCCGAAUUCGGGUGUCGCACCUGGGAAUGGCAUCACAACCAAGUUAACCCAGGCUAGUAAUUACAAGUUGGUAUCUGGGAGUGCUGAAGUUCCUCAGAGUUUCAGAUUUGUAAUUCUGAAUUCAGUGGGCAUCUCAGACUUUCUGAGGUCAUCUGGAACUCACCAACAGAAAGGGGUCCACUCAGUUGGAAACAAGGACCCAAGUGUUGACCUGUUUUUUCAGAGUGUAGUUGUAGAUUUUCAUACGUUGAAAUUAUAACAAAGUUUUUGACCCUUCAAUACUGCAAGGGAACAGUUUUUAGUUACAGUUAAAAUCCCUGACGAGGUUACAGAAUGUGAUGGGUUUCAAGAAUCAGUGCAAUACCUGCAGAGUUUGUGGAAAUGCUUAUCUUUACCAUAUUACUAUUCUGAAGCCUGGUAUUAUAGAGGUUUCCAUUUGUUUUGUCUGUUGAGCUUUCUCAUUAGACACACCAAAUACUCUAAGAGACAACAAUUAGCAAUUAUGUAACAUAAAGUCUGGUUUUAGAUAAUAAAGCAGCCUUAUUUACCAUUUUUAUGGAGCAUGAGUUACUGUUUAAUCUAAUAAUCAUAUGUAAGUAGGUUUAAUUUUUUGAAUUAGGAGCAGCCAUUUGGGUUUGUAUUGCUCCAGUAUCAGUUGGAAUUGUCUCAAUAUUUUAGGUCAGAUAGAUUCUUUCUAAAAAAAUAAGGUAUCCCACAUGCAUCUGCAGAAAGAAAUAAAACACAAGCUUAAAAAUGUAAUCCUUUUUUAGGCCACAGUAGAAUUUGUGUGAAAUAAACAGGGAGAGGUGAAGUCACAAAAGGGGCUAAGGCUAGCAAGCUACCAAUGAUACGAGAACAAACUGUCAAUCUACAUCCCUCCUCUUGAAGUGUGGGCUAUACUCAGAACUGGUAGCUGUAAAGCUUAUGUAGAGGUUUUUCAGUGAAAUAAGCAGUGUAGACAGUGUCAGAGAGAAGCCCCGCCUCCUGGAGAGAGAGAGUAAAAAUUCAUGGCUGGUUUUACCAUUAUGGCACCUCUAGCAGUAAAUGCAGAUGCACACAUUUUAAUCACGUGCACAUUGUUGGACCUUGUUUUCUGUGUCAUGUCUUGUUUAUACAACCAGCACUUACAUCUCCCAUCACAUCCUCUCUCUUCCCCAGCACUCUCUCCAAUCCCCCCACUACCCUACAGUGAUAACAUAUUGGUGCCCUCUUAUGUUUAGUGUACCUGGUUUCCUCCCUGGGAGUUCUUACUGUUAAUGUGUCUGGAUGCAGGAGAAGACACCGACUGGCCACCUUGUUAAGAGCCUGAUAAAAGUCCUCGGCAGCUGAUGAGACUGCCUUAUCAUGAACAUUGGAUGUCUUUGUGUCUAAAGGCAGCUUCCUCUUGUCUCUAACUUUUACCUUCCUGUUUUUACACGUUUUUCUCUCAUGGCAGUAGAGAGUUAUAGUAAAACACUUUGGAUCUCACAGUCCAGACUCUUCCUGAUGGUUUUCUGACUUGAAUGACAUAAAAUCAAUGGAACCAGCAGGUGGCUCUAAAGAAGGUGGCCAAAGGUGUGUAACACAAAGACAUCAAUCCCUUUCAGUUAUUUUGAAGGGGGUUCUACCUGAGAAUAUACUUUUAUGUAUUAAGUGUUUUAUCUCUUUCAAUGUUUCUGUUUUUUUAUACAUCGUUUUCAUGUUUUUGCAAGCAAAUAUUUGUAAGAAACAAAUCAUGAUUUUUAAUCUUAAGUCAUGCUGGAAUCGCACCAUUUUGUUUUACUUUUUUAUUUAAAAGUAAAAACAUUUUGAUCCUAUUUGAAUCUGUGGUUUGGUGGAAUCUUUUUGUUUGUUAGGACCUUUUCAUAUUGUAUUUUUUUACUCUAACAUUGCUUUCUGUCCAUGUUAACACAUUACCAGUAUAAAUGAAAGAAUGAGCUGAAAAACUUUAAAUAGAUGUAAAAAAAACAAGAAAAUGUAUAUUUAAUGGAGUAAAGUUUGCUAAACCUUCUGAAAGAGAAAUUGUGUAAACAUAUUGUAGCAACAAGAUGUUUUAUGCUCUGUUCCUAAAACAAUUUAAUAAGAUGUUACUGAAUGAA